UGCUAAGUGUAAAUGAGAGAGCUGAUAACAAUGAUUGAUGGGAAGCUAAGUCUAAAAACCCAUUUGCAGGAUGAAGAGAGGUGGAUUUCUACAUUUGACUUAGUUUACAUAUUAAGUAAACACGGGGAGGGCUGGCAGCCUUAGGCCUGGGGGGAAAAUCCAAUCAAGUGGCCCAUUGCACCACCGAAUCAGCUCACCAUCCAGGCCCAACUUUUCUUGGUUUUAUAACGGAUAUUGAUGUUAUGAAGCAAGACAGGUGGGGGUGAUAGCGAGAGGGAGGGGGGUGAUGGUGAGAGGGAGGGGGGUAAUGGUGUGAAGGAGGGGGUAAUGGUGUGAAGGGGGGCGUGUAUUGAUGAAAGGGAGGGGGGAUAAUAAUGUGUGAGAGGUGGGCAGGACCGGACUGGGAAACAAACUCGGCCCGGGCAUAUUUUAUUCACAGCGCCCCCCUGAGUGUGUGUGUGUGUGUGUCUGACUGUGUGUGUAUGUUUGCCUGUGAGUGUGUGUGUCAGUGAGUGUGUGUGUGUCUGCUAGUGUGUGUCUGCUAGUGAGUGAGUGUCUGUGUGUGUCAGUGAGUUUGUGUUUCUGUUAGCUAGUGUAUGCGUAUCUGUCAGUGAGUGUGUGUGUGUGUGUAUUUAGUAGGCGGGGGGAAGGGAUGGGUGGGGGUCACGCGCGCGUGGGCGGGUUGGGGGGGGGAUUUGGGGGGCUCCUGAGUUUUGUCCUGCCUAGGGCAGCACAAAACCAGGAUACACCACUGGCUGCAAGUCCAAUAAUAAAGUGGAACGUUGGCUAAACUACAUUGUAACCUUUACCCUGUGUAUUCCCUUCUCCUCCCUCCUGGGUUUACUUAUAUCAGUCACGUCUAUUUCUUCAAAAACGAAACUAACUGAGCAUUAGCAGCUGAACACAGCAUCUGACAGACACCAUGGCCAGCUUUGCUCCCAUUUACAAUCCUGUAAGUUAAAUCUGUCUGCUCUGUGGGGGGCUUUCUGUCUGCUUCCUGGGGGCUCUGUGUGCUUAUUAUUGAGAUAUCUUACUCUGGGAGUGUAAAGUCUUUAUAAAGGAUAGGAAUGGCUGAAAGAUUUCCUGCUCAUGUUUCUUGUGGGAUAGGAUUGCCAGAUACACAUACAGUUACUGGGCUGCACGUGAUGCAGUGUAUCCCUGCACUAAGUAGAAUUCAUCUGCAUGUGGAAAAUAAGGCAAUUAAUGACUGAAUAAUACUGCAGCACAUGAAUUCUGCAUACUGCUGGGCAACUUUCGCAUGUGCUGUCAGUCAUUAAAGGAAAACUGAUGGAUGAUCUGGAGAAGGGUCCUCAAUCUCUGACCCCUCCACCCCUUGUUGAUGGACUAAAACUCCUAGAAUUCUUUGAAUGCAAUAGAUAGGUGACCAGGGAAUGAUGGGAGUUGUAGUUCAGGAACAUCUGGAGGGGGAAAGAGCUUUAAUGCAGUAUAUAUAUAUAUAUAUAUAUAUAUAUAUAUAUAUUAAUAAAACUGGCAGGUUUUGGGGGUUAUAUCACACGCAAGGGUUAAAUUGCUCAGUUGAACUUUGUGGGGAAAUUGGGUUAAAUGCUGUGCUGGGUAUCUGUGUGGUUGGAACGGAGUAUUAGACGUAGUUGUCUAAACUGGUCGCCCUGAGAUUAGGUAGGGUUGUGAGAUCCAUUUUGCACGUGUUGUUGGGCAGAUCAUGAAAAGUGCUUCUUAGCAGUACGCAGAAUUCACAUCCAUUAAUAUAAAAUGAUGAAUGUUAAAUUUUGCUGGGCAGCAAUAUUCAGGUUCCGUCGUACAUCUCGGUAAAUCGAGAAAACAUGCAGGAUUAUUCACCAAAGUGUAAAUAUUCCAACAAUCAACGUGAAUUUUAAGUUUCAGGCCAAAGUAGCUGAACCGAAAACAUUGCUGAUUUGGAAAUGCAAAAUGUACUAUUUUGGCCUAAAAUGGAAAAUUUACACCUUGAAAAAAAAAAACCUAGGUAAUUCGAAAAAUCUCCUUUUCUUAUCACAGCAAUACCUGUCCUUUAUUGUCACAUAUCACGCUGAUUAACAAGUUGGAGAACAGCCAGACAUUUGAUAUUUCCUGCGUUGCAUUUAACAAUAGAUUGAUGGGGGAAAAAAAAAAUUAACCACAAUAGUGCCAAAUCCUACACCUUGCAGUAAACUCUCACUAGUCCCUAAAGUAUAGUAUGUCACUUGUAAUUCCAGUGCGACAUUCCAUUUUAGUAAUGGAUCCUUUAAGGGACACAGCGGACGCCGUGCAAAUUAUCUGCAAUGUGUACGCCGAGUCACAUUUAAUUAUGCUAGGUAUAUAUUUUUUAUUAAUAAUAAUUUAUUUAUUAUUUUUUUUUAAAUUAUAAUUAGUUUACCUCCUCCAAAUACAUCAUUCACUUCCUGGUAUGGCAAGAGCUCAUCACUUAAAUUGCUGCAAAUCUUGGGGAUUUGCAGCAAGUGCUGGCACUUCAAAAAUGAUUAUCUUUUUUUUUUUAAAUUAUUAUUAUUUUUAUCCUGUUGUUUUUUUUCAUAUUUUAAUGCACUUUUAUAUAAUGCAGUAAAAAAAUAAAAAAUAAUAAUAAUUAUAAAUAAUAAUAAUAAUGGGUUAAAGAAGAAUUAUCGCUUCCAGAGAAAUUAAAAUUUGUUUUACCUUUACUCCAUGAAACACUAUUGCAGCUUUUCCAUACUUUGACAGGUUCAACGUCCUUUUUUCUAAAGCGGUGGCAUAUUGCACAAGUAAUUUAGAUAAUUUACUAGCCUUUAGCUCGAAAAGGUUGUAGGUAAAAUCUUAACAAAUGUAAAAAAUUUUUAAAACUUAUAGCACUUUUUUUUUUUUAAAUGAGGAAGUGACAUUUCCUCUUUCAAUGCAGACUCAAGGGUUCCUUUAAAAAAAUACACACACAACAAAUUUUUAUGGUAUGGAGGUAUAUCAAUGACUAGUUGUUAGAGGGUUAAACUGCAAUCAGGAAGAUUUGAUCAAAAUUCCUAUGAAAGUUACAGCUUGCCAAGUUUCAGGUUACGUUCCACCAAUGCUGUUGUUUUUGUUUGAAUAGCUUUCUCAGACAUGAUUAUUGAAUUAACUGCACAGCAUGAAUACCAUACUUCCGGCUCAUGCGCGAUGAUGGCUCUUUGCUAUGGCAUUAUGGCAUUAUAUUUUGCUUUCUAUGGAGUUUUGGGUGGCGCUGUAGGUCCUCAUGCAUAGCGCGAAAAAAGUGCGAAAGUUGCCUAAUGACUCUGAAGUUUCUUUGGUGGCUGUCUGGUAGACAGCAACUAGAGGUGGAGUUAACUCUCAAAGGUAAUUAGGGUUAAGGGACCUGGAAUACUGCACCCAGUCUACUUCAAUGAGCUGAAGUGGUCUGGGUGCCUAUAGUGUCCCUUUAAAACUUCUGCUACUAUGAAAGUAAAUGCAAAAUUUUUAUACAUAACCACCAAUGUGUCCGUGAAAACAUGGCCAGUUUGGCAACCGUAUAAAGGAAUACGCUGCUAUGGGGCAUGUAAUGGGUUAAGUGUUGAACAGGACCAGAAGUAAUGGAUGGACUUCAAUAAACAAACCAUAUGCAUAGGGAGAGGGAUAAGAAAGAAAUGAAAAGUGCGUGGGGGAGGGGAACAGAAUACACCGAUAUCGUGAAAGCAGUAAAAAACAAGAUAAGAUAUUGCAAAACAUUACAGGAGGAAAUGGAGUAAAGAGAAGGCGGGAAAUGUAAAUCUGAUUUUAAAAAUCCCAUCAUGCUCAGACAGCAGGAGUGAUUUGCAUUAAAAUGAAGUGUUAAACUAUUUACCAAGUCCAACAUCAGUGGAUGCAUUUUUAUGCAAAUUUCCCUUUUUUUGGUGGGUUAUUUCUAUCAAUCACUUUUAAAAGAACAUUUCCUUAUAUAAGGAAAUCUCCAGGGGUAUAUUAUUAUUAUUGGCAUUAUAUAGUUAUUGCUGAACGCUGUUGGAGAAAGUCUCGCUGUGCAUCUGACUUUCUCCACUAUAAAUUUAUGCUGAGCUCAUACAGCUUUGCUCUUUCCUCUGCAAAAGUAAAUUACUUCAAUACCCUCAUAACCACACUCUCCCGCGAACCCAAACGACUAUUUCACACAUUUAACUCUCUUUGCCCUGCUGUUCCUCCUCCACCUACUAACUUAACCGCCUCAGACUUUGCAACUCACUUCACUGACAAGAUCUCUACAAUCAGAGACGAGAUCUCUCAUCAUUCUUCUUCCCUUUACAAUACUUUCCCUAACUUCACUCCCUCUGCUGUUCUAUGUUCAUUCGCACCCGCUACAUUGGAAGAGGUUUCUGCUCUGCUCCAGUCCUCCCGCCCCACCACCUGCUCCCUAGAUCCAAUUCCCUCGCAUCUCAUCCGUACUCUGUCUUCUUCUCUUUCUCCACCUCUCUCUAAAAUUCUCAAUCUCUCUCUCUCCUCUGGUAUAUUUCCAUUGCCCUUCAAACAUGCAACUGUAACCCCAAUUCUAAAGAAGCCCAAUCUUGACCCUAACUCCCCAUCCAACUAUCAUCCUAUCUCGCUACUGCCUUUUGCAUCCAAGAUCCUUGAAAAAAUUGUGUAUGUGAAAUUGACAGACUUCCUUGAGUCCAACUCUCUGCUAGACCCGCUUCAGUCUGGUUUCCGCGCUAAGCAGUCUGUGGAAAUGGCACUGACCAAAGUAUCCAAUGAUCUACUCGCUGCAAAAUCUCGUGGUCACUACUCUAUCCUAAUUCUCCUUGACCUGUCUGCGGCUUUUGACACUGUUGAUCAUCAAUAGCUUCUUCUCAUCCUCCGCAAUAUCGGUCUACGAGAUAUUGCUCUCUCCUGGUGCUACUCCUACCUCAUCCGUACUCUGUCUUUUUCUCUUUCUCCACCUCUCACUAAAAUUCUCAAUCUCUCUCUCUCCUCUGGUAUAUUUCCAUUGCCCUUCAAACAUGCAACUGUAACCGCAAUUCUAAAGAAGCCCAAUCUUGACCCUAACUCCCCAUCCAACUAUCAUCCUAUAUCGCUACUGCCUUUUGCAUCCAAGAUCCUUGAAAAAAUUGUGUAUGCGAGAUUGACAGACUUCCUCGAGUCCAACUCUCUGCUAGACCCGCUUCAGUCUGGUUUCCACGCUAAGCACUCUGUGGAAAUGGCACUGACCAAAGUAUCCAAUGAUCUACUCGCUGCAAAAUCUCGUGGUCACUACUCUAUCCUAAUUCUCCUUGACCUGUCUGCGGCUUUUGACACUGUUGAUCAUCAACAGCUUCUUCUCAUCCUCCGCAAUAUCGGUCUACGAGAUAUUGCUCUCUCCUGGUGCUCCUCCUACCUCUCCCAGUGCUCUUUCAGUGUUUCUUUCUCUGGCUCUGCUUCUUCUCCCCAACUCCUCUCUGUUGGUCCCCUACUGUUCUCCAUCUAUACUGCCUCCCUUGGUAAACUCAUUAGCUCCUUUGGCUUCCAAUAUCAUUUCUAUGCAGGUGACAUGCAAAUCUACCUGUCCUCUCCUGAUCUCUCCCCAUCCCUCUUGACUAGUGUCUCUGACUGCCUCUCUGCUGUUCCUAACUGGAUGGCUGCCCACUUCCUUAAACUAAACUUGACCAAAACUGAAAUUCUGGUCUUUCCUCCCUCAAGUGUUGUUACUCCUGUGUCUGUCUCCCUCCAAGUCAACGGUGCUACCAUCAGCUCCACCACGGAGACUCGCUACCUAGGUGUUCUCUUUGACUCCGACCUCUCCUUCAAGCCUCAUGUUCAGUCUAUCGUGAAAUCCUGUCAUUUCCAUCUCAAAAACAUUGCGCGCAUCCACCCCUACUUAACGCCAGAUGCGACUAAGGUGUUGGUCCAUUCCACUGUCCUUUCUCGCCUUGACUACUGUAAUCUGCAUGCCAAUUGCACGUUCCCUCAAAACUUGCGACAUCUGUGGCAUUGUGCUGUGUGAUAAAGCUGCACAUUUUAGAGUGGCCUUUUAUUGUGGUUAGCCUAAGGCACACCUGUGCAAUCAUCAUGCUGUCUUAUCAGCAUCUUGAUAUGCCACACCUGUGAGGUGGAUGGAUUAUCUUGGCAAAGGAGAAGUGCUCGCUAACACAGAUUUAGACAGAUUUGUGAACAAUGUUUGAGAGAAAUAGGCUGUUUGUGUACAUAGAAAAAGUCUAAGAUCUUUGAGUCCAGCUCAUGAAAAAUGGAAGCAAAAACAAAAGUGUUGCGUUUAUAAUUUUGUUCAGUGUAAGUACCAUUGCUUUACAGGGACAAUUGUUAAUAAAAUGUGGGGGAAAGAACACUAGACUCUUUUCUCGAGUGCUUGUUUUUGGGUGUUUAAAAUAAGCUAUUUUCACCUAAAUCCAUAAUUAUGUCCCACGUUUGUCCAGAGUGAUAUGUAGUUCUCUUGGUAUGACCAUGUGGAUCUUGAUAAAAGCAAUCACGUGUAUUCCGUUCUUUAGUAAGAAGUACAAAGUCCGUAUGUGCCAGUUAUCAGGUGACACAGUGUAAACGUUAUGAUGCUUGCUAAUACAUAAAAGCAAUUUUUAUUGCCGCUGUACACUGCCAUUAAAUCGACACCUGCACACACUUUGAUGUCUGAACUUCCUUUCUAAAUAAUCAACAAAACAAACACAGAUAGGCAGUGGUGCACACUCACCUACACCACAAUCAUUGGUAGAAAUAGGCAACAACUUUCAGAUCCACAUGUACCGGCUAACACAUACACAGAUAAACCUGCAUACAGACACACACUCACAAACAAAACAGUUAGACACACAUAAGCACACUUACAGAGUCUCACAAAUGAAUUCUGUUAGAAGGAGAUUAGGUAAACCCUAGGGAGAAGCAGGCUAAUGUCUUACUCCUCACUGGGCAGUAGAGGGCGUGAUGGUGCUGGAGCGGUGACAGUACUGUAAACCCACUGUCUACCACUGCUCCUGCCUUGUCUGGGAGUGCGUGGCUGGUAUGGAAGGUGAUUUGACAUCCUAAUUGGAAAAUACUGUGCUCUAGAAGGAGCAAUGACAGCAAGUGUGCGUAUCUGUCACUGUCUGUACUAAUGCUGCAAAAAACAGCUGAUGCCCGGCUCUUGACUGGUUCCAUUCACAAUAAAAUGAAAAAAAAAGAUGUUUUAAAAAACAAAAACAAAAAAACAAUCUGAUGAUAAAGGCGUACAAAGAAGAGAAGACUUUUUUCUAGUUUGGGAAUUUUGAUCUUAAAUGCGCAGUUCCUUGGUGAAUUCAUGGUUUAUUGAAUAACCCUGAUAGGGGAUUAUUACCAUACUGAGUAUAUUGGAAAACUAAAAAGCCCAUUGAAAAUUCUUGGCCGCAAUACUUGAACGAGACAAAAAUUCCAAUGUAGUUAGUUUAUCAGAGAAUAAUUUUUUUUCUUACAAUUUUCAGUCUGUCUGUCAGUUUUCUGCAAUUCCUGGAUAAAUAAAUGUGCCUCAAUGUUGAUAAAUACUGCGAAUAUAAAGUAACUACUCUCCCCUGUGUCAGGUGAAUGCCUUCAAUUAUUGGUAACAAUGUGACUCAAUAUAUUUCUCUUUUCUUCAUAGACUGUGCCCUUCCAGAGUGCAAUACUCGGGGGUAUUUCUGAAGGCAAGAGAGUGGUCAUCCAGGGGCAAGCACGCGCUCACGCCAAGAAGUGAGUAAAACUGUAGGACUGUCCUUCCUACAGCAAAGAGACAGACACACAGGUUGAAAGUACACUAGACUGCCCUUCUAUCAGAGAGAGAGAGACAGGAAUAGAGAGUACAUGAAUGGUAAUUCUUCACCCAGAAGAGAGAGAAAUGGACAUAUAAAGAGUACCUAAGACUGUUUCUCCCAACAGAGAGACAGACAUACUCCAAGAGAGUACUUUUUCUUUGGUUUUUACUGUAUGUAUUGGGGCUGAUGUGGUCGUUUUUGUAUUUAUACUCCCCGAGAGUACCUGAGAGUGUGUUUUGCUUUUCACAGAGAGACACUCACAAGACAUAAGCUGGGUUAUUCGUUACAUUGGGAAUUGUCAGGAAUUUCAAACUUUGGGCAAAUAUUAACUGUGAUGGAUCAUUUUUCAAAACACUGCUAUUUUGGCCAAUAAUUAGAAUUUACUGAAAGACGAAUCAGUUGGUGUAUCUGUAGAUUUGACACAAGGGAUUAAAAGGAUCUGACAUCCUCCCAGCCAAAAAAAGCCAAAAUAGCCGAUUUGGAAAAACUCUCCAACUCAGCUAUUGUCACAAAUGGCUGUUUUAGUUUUUUUGCACAGUUUAGUUAAUAACCCCUCAGACUCACAGACAAAUUCUCUUAUUCUGAGCAUUGGUGCCUGACAGCCCCUUACUAUCUCUUAAAGCAGUGCUUCAUAACCUUAAGGUCAGUUUUCAUCAUUUGGCCCAUUUCCAGUGCACCUCUCGUUCAUUGGGCCACAGACAACUGCACACAAUGAAUUGGUUACUGUCGUAGCAAUGCCUUACCCGGAGCAAUGGAGACCCAGGAAAGAGUCUAACAAAGCUGGUAUUGAGAAAAGAAUUUGCUAUGUUCCACGUUCUAUUUGAAGAGGGAGUAACUAAAGAUCUUGGUUCCUAGCGAAAGACUGAAAAACAAAGAGCUAUGUGUAGGGUGUGAAUUGCUGAUAACCCAGAGAGUUCUGCUCUCUUUUAUUAAAUAUAAACCAUCAGAUUUAAAAAUGGAGCUUGGUGACUUCACUUCCACUAACUUCACGAGCACUGUUCCUCUCUCUCAUGAAAAAAUAGGCCUUCUAUUUAAUGCUGAUGUAGAGACAUUGGCUAAAGAAGACUUUAUCUAACAGGGACAUUCUUUAAUGUUCUUUCUUCUUGUAGGUUUGCAGUAAACUUUGUCUCGUUCAACAAUGACAUCGCGUUUCACUUUAACCCACGAUUUGAUGAGGGAAAUGUCAUUGUGUGCAACACCCAGCAGGGGAACCAGUGGGGCUCUGAAGAAAGGAAAGGAAAUAUGCCUUUUCGUAAGAGCACGUACUUCGACAUAGCCAUCACUGUGCUAGGACACGCUUUCCAGGUAUGUGUCUUAAGUUAAUAUGGUAACAUUCACACCAUUCACACCUGUCUUUCCACGAUCUGGUAAAUGUAUCAAGAUUUGCUUUGUCUAAUCAGUAGCCUUAUCCAGCCAGUUGGCACACAGAACAUGCUCUUAAAUAGUACUAAUUUAGUUAAUAUCAGAAUCCUUAUUAGCACAUUAGUAAGCAGGGUUCUUUACAGGCAAAGUGAUGUUAACUAGUAUUUACCCAUCAACCCCCUUUCACACCCACUGUCUGCUCCUCAUUAAUAUCAACUUGUAAAAUCAGAAUCCAGAUUCCUCUAGAAACAUGAAGGAUAAUUCAGGCAGACUGAAAAAAAAAAUGCUAAAAUUUUAGUUUUUAUUUGCUGAUUAGCAUGAGACUCCCAUAUAUUCCAUAUCUGACUCUUUAAUAUUUAUCAGCGUCUACUAUCCCUUUUAAUGGAUUACUUGUCUUGAUGUCUUCCAGGUCACAGCAAAUGGGCAAUUUUUACUGGAAUAUCGUCACCGUCUGUCUUACCAAACCAUCCAGUCAGUUCAAGUCAGUGGGGAUGUCAAUCUCAGCUGUGUCACCUUCUCUGGGCCUAUGGUGAGUUCUGGAGGCAUACGCCGUUAUUUGGCCACUAGGCACCAACGCAUUCUGCAGUACAUUGUAUUGGGGUGAUGCAUUAAGAAUCCAUAUGUCUAGCCAAACCAAUGACCCCUCAAGUCUUUCCGGAGCAGUCAUUAAUCCCACUCCUAGAUAACGUUAGAUUCUUAUGAUUGGAUUCUCUCGCCAAUGGCCCUUUGUUUUGAAGUCCUUAAGUGAUGUGGAUAUUUGGACUCAAGUAUGAAGUGAGCUUUAGAGUAUCUUAUGCAGAAUGACUUGUUUAUAAAGACUUGUUCUUUAAAUCCUCUCCAGCUAGAGGAGACCGAUGACGUUAAUUUGUCAUACCUGUGAUUUCCUCAUUAUCAGAUACUCAGGGGGGAAUCUCUCGAUGGACAUAGGUGUGCGCACGGGGUGUGCGGGGUGUGCCUGGGCACACCCUAAUCCCCGCGGCACCCCUAUGGAGUGAGACCGGCAGGGGAGAUCUCAGGAUCUCCACUGUCGGCUCAUGCAGAGGCUUCGCUAUCCGAGCGCCGGCUCUGCUCUCAGCCUCCCUCCCCACUGCAGCAUGGAGGGAGGCAGGAGAGGACCCGGGGAGCUCAACCAGCAGCUCUGCCGAGUUCCUCUCGCGGGAUCUGAGCGUUAAUGCAGCAACGCUCAGAUCUCGCAAGAGUGAACUCUAUCCCCACAGGGGCUAGAGUUCACACUCCACUGGACCACCAAGGAAAGCAGCAGGAACAAGAAUCCCCCCUCCCUACAUAAGGUAAGAAGGGAGGGGGGAUAUUAAGUAAUGUACCCCCACCUCCACCCCCCACACAGCACCUACACACAUACAGCACACACAUACACACAGACAUACACACAGCACACACACACACACACACACACACAUACAGCACACACACACAUACAGCACACACACACACACAGCACACACAUACGGCACACACACACAUACAGCACCCUCACACACAUACAGCACACACACACACACAAACACACAUACAACACCCUCACACAUACAGCACACACACACAUACAGCACCCUCACACACAUACAGCACACACACACAGCACACACACACAUACAGCACCCACACACACACUCACUGAACACACACACACAGCACCCCGCACACACACACACACACACACACACACAGCACACACAUACAGCACCUUCCACACAUACAGCACACAUACAGUACCCACACACACAUACAGCACACCCACACAGCACACAAACACACAUACAGCACCCUCACACACAUACACCACACACACACAGCACACAAACACACACAGCACACACAUACAGCACCUUCACACAUACAGCACACACACACAUACAACACACACAUACAACACACACAUAUAGCACACACACACACACACACACAUACAUACAGCACCCUCACACACAUGCACCCACACACAUACAGCACCCACGCACAUACAGCACCCUCACACACACACAGCACACACACAGCGUACCUUCACACAUACAGCACCACACACACACACACACACAGCACCACACACACAGCACACACACACACACACAGCACACACACAGCACACACACACAGCACACACAUACAGCACCUUCACACAUACAGCACCCACACACAUACAGCACCCUCAGCACACACAGCACACCUCAGUAUACAGCAUACAGCACCCUCAAACACACAGCACCCUCACAAACACACACACAGCACACUAACAGGACUCUAACAAAGACACACACACACACAAACACCCUCACAAACACAUCACACUAACAGCACCCUCACACACAGCACCCUUACACACACACACACACAGCACCCUUACACACACAACACCCUCAAACCACCCUCACGCAGCACACACACACAGCAGUGUAUGUGUGUGUAUAUAUAUAUAUAUAUGUGUGUGUGUGUAUGUGUGUGUACACACAUACAUAUACACGCGACGUGUGUUUGUGCUUUAGGGUGCACACCCUAAUGCAAUAGGCUGCGCACGCCUAUGUCGAUGGAUACAGCAAAUUGGUGCUUAUCACAAUGUGAUACCAGUACAUGAAAUGUUGUGAAGAUAAUCUGCGGGGGGGAAACUGCAUUAAUAAAUCCUUUGCUAAGUGGAGUGUAUAUAGUCAGUUUACCUAAUUCAGAUUAGUGGAUACAUUUUAUGGGUCCAAACCUUAUCUCUUACCCUUUGAUUAUUCUUAUCUGUAUGGUGGAAUCUUAACUGUAACCGUAACUGUCACCCAUGCACUCACAUUCCAGUCCUUGUCAGUGAAGGAACGAGAAGCAGUCAAGUACCAGAGGGUUAUCUUUCUGGCUUCCACGGGGUUAAUCCUAAAUGCAAGCUUGCCCCUGAACCUUAUACAACUAACCCCUCAUUUACAUUACCUUUGGUUAUAAUUGUACAAUUUGAGACUUUGGUUUAUAAUAUGGCUGCCUAUGAUGACUUUACCAAGGGACUACGCUUAGUCUUCUAAUCAUGCCAUUGCACACUAAUUUGUUUUACUUUCAUUGUGCUUUUAACAUUUUAACCAUCUGAAGACCCGAUGAAUAUGGCAACCAGGUGUGUGGCUUCAUAGCCUUAAAACAGGUCACUUUUUUUUUCUUACUAUCGUAAUUCUCAGAUUCUUCUUCAAUUUUCCUUUAUAUUGCAAUUUCAGGAGCAAAGUUUACUCGCCCCACCUCCUUAUAGCAUGAUCCAAAGCUUUGUGAGUAUUCCAGCAUCUGGUGGUGGGUGGUUACUUACACCAUCGCUUUCACUUUAUUUAGCCGUUCCUAUCGCGCAGUCAGCACACUGUCAUCUUUGGUCAUGAUAUCGCUUCCUGAAUAUUAUGCACAAAUAGGUCACUCAUUAAGAGUUACAAAGUCCCAACAACUUGUGACAUUGCUGUCCUCCUGUCCGGGCUGCCAGUGUACUAACACUGUGUACUGAAUUAUUUCAGAUCUGAUAAUGUCCCUAUAUGAUUUCUUGAUAACGUUUUAUUUUAUUUUUCUUACAAUACUAACAUGUUUACUUACAUUUAUAUUAUAGGAGCUGGCAGUAACAGUAGUUUUGAUCUUGCUUAUGCACUAUUUUUAUUGCCAAAAACCAAAGGCAUGAUGAAGAUAGGAUCUUUUGCUUUAUAAUCAAAUACAUGUUGACAACUAACAUUGCUUGCUGUUCUGCUAAUUAGCCAUAGCGCUGGGUGGUGUCACGGGUACUUGCUCUGUGGCUGGUAGCUAACGGUAUGAUGAUGCCAGGAUUCACUGCUACAUUGCAAAUAGCUUGUGGGUGCUUUAAACAAAAAUUAACCAGUGUUUUGAUGUGGUCUACUGAAAAAUAACCAGGAAUGUUCUCAGGAAUUAUCCUCAUACACAAGGGCUCCAUAGUAAUAAUAUCAAUUUUGAUCUCAUUCCCGUACCCGUUCUAUUUAUAAUGCCUGAACCUUGUGUUCUCUUGUUCAUUUUCUAAAUGAUUAUGGCUAACUUGAAUUCCCUAACUAAUAACACCAAAUGUUAUGUUCUUUUGUCGAUGACUGUAUUCUAACUCACAAUAAGGAUAGUAUCUUCUGUUCUCAAGUUCAUGUUCUAACUCUUGAUGGUGAAGAAAGUCUUCUUUUCCAAAGGCCAUGUAAUAACUUAUAAUGAAAUAGAUAAAUGAAUAAAAAGGUCCAGGCAUACAAGUUUCUAAAAGCACAUUAAGGCCUGCUCCUUAAUCCAAUGAAGUCUGCUCUUGCACGACGUUUGUGUGCCAGAACUCUUUCCCUUUCUUUAUCUUCUGGAUAGGAGUCUGGAUCGGUCUAUAAGGUGCCAUAGGCAACAUCCAAUUAUUAUCAGCAUGCACAGUCCCUUAUUUGUAUAAAAGGACAGUGUCUCCUGUUCCUAUGUCCAUAAUUUAACUCGUAACCAUCAAUGUGUUUCAUGUUCUCAAGUCCAUGUUCUUACUCCUGAUGAUAACAAUAUACCAUGUUCUAGCAUGUGUUGAGGACAAUAGCUCCAGUUCACAUAUGGAUGUUCUAACAUGUUGGAGAAUUACAGUAUCUCCUGUUCCCAUGUCCAUGUUUUAAAGUGUGAUGAGCAUAGUAUCUCCUGUUUCAAUGUCUUUGUUUUAACUCCCGAUGAUGACAAUAUAUCAUUUCCAUGUUCCAGCUUGUGAUGAGGAUGGUAUUUCCUGUUCCCAUGUCCAAGUUCCAACUUGUGAUAAGAAGAGAAUUUUAACACUUAUUGAGAUCAGUAUUUUGUGUUCUAACUCAUGAUGAGGAUAGUAAUAUGUACUCUUACAGCCUUGUUCUAACUUGUGAUGAGGACAAUACUAACUACUUCCAUGUCCUUUUUCAUACUCAUGAUGUGGACAGUAUUAACUACUCCUAUGUCCAUGUUCUAACUCGUGUUAAGGAUAGUACUAUGAACUCCCAUGUCCAUGUUCUAAAUUGUUAUGCGGACAGUACUAACUACUCCCAUGUUGUAACUUGUGAGGAGGACAGUACUAACUAUUCCCAGGUCCAUGUUCCAACCUGUAAUGAGGACAAUACUCUUUUGUCUAUGUUCUAACUCGUUAUGUGGACAGUACUUCCUACUCCCACACCUAUGUCCUAACUCAUAAUGAGGACAGUACCAAUUACUACCAUGUCCAUGUUUUAACUUGUGAUGAGGACAAUACUAACUUCUCCCAUGUCUAUGUUUUAGCUCGUAAUGAGGACAAUACUAACUACUCCUUUGUUUAUGUUAUAACUUGUUAUGAGGACAGUACUUCCUACUCCCAUGCCCAUGUUCUAACUCGUAAUGAGGACAGUACUAACUACUUCCAUGUCUUUGUUCUAACUCAUGAUGUGGACAGUAGUAACAACUCCCAUGUCCAUGUUCUAACUCGUGAAGAGGACAAUACUAACUACUUCCAUGUCCUUGUUCUAACUCAUGAUGUGGACAGUACCAACUACUCCCAUGUCCAUGUUCUAACACAUGUUGAGAACAGUACUAACUACUCCCACGUUCUAACACGUGAUGAAGACAUUACUAGCUACUCCCAUAACCAUGUCCUAACUUGUGAUGAGGACUGUACUAACUACUCCCAGGUCCAUGUUCUAAUUCAUAUUGAGGACAGUACUAACUACUCCCACGUGCAUGCUCUAACACAUAGUGAGGACAGUACUAACUACUCCCAUGUCUAUGUUCUAACUUGUGAUGAGGAGAGUACUAACUACUCACAUGUCCAUGUUCUAAUUCAUAUUGAGGACAGUACUAACUACUCCCACGUGCAUGCUCUAACUCAUAGUGAGGACAGUACUAACUACUCCCAUGUCUAUGUUCUAACUUGUGAUGAGGACAGUACUAACUACUCCCAUGUUUGUGUUCUAACUUGUGAUGAGGACAGUACUAACUACUCCCAUGUCUAUGUUCUAACUCGUGAGGAGGACAAUACGAACUACUCCCUUGUCUAUGUUCUAACUUGUUAUGAGGACAGUACUUCCUACUCCCACGUGCAUGUUCUAACUUGUAGUGAGGACAGUACUAACUACUCCCAUGUCUAUGUUUUAACUCGUGAUGAGGGCAGUACUAACUACUCCCAUGUAUAUCUUCUAACUCGUUAGGAGGACAGUAUUUCCUACUCCCACGUGCAUGUUCUAACUUGUAGUGCAUGUUCUAACUCAUGAUGAAGACAUUACUAGCUACUCCCAUAUCCAUGUUCUAACUCGUAAUGCGGACAGUACUCCCUAUUCCAAUGCCCAUGUUCUAACCCAUGAUGAGGAAAGUUGUUAAUUUUGUCUUGCUUUAGGUUUCAAGUGCGUUUGCACCUCCUGCAUAUUCAGCACCAUUGGUGAGUUUUCAGCCCUUUGAAGGAAUUUAUCUCCAUAUUACAAUGUAUGGAAAAAUGUAACAUAGUAAGGAACUCAAUGUUGGAUGAAGAGGGCAAGUAAUUCAAAGGAAAAAAAUACAUAACAAAAGUAGGACAUCAAAAAUGAAUUGGCAAAUAUUGAUUAUUCGACUAAACAUACCUCUCAAGUGUUCUCCUUCCUAUACUCUUGUCGCUUAUCUCCAUCACACAUUUACCCCAUAAUUCAGAGGUCAUUGGAAAAAAAGCUUUAGGAUAGAAAAGAUAAUGAGAAGGAUUUGGGUUCCAAAGAAAUAAAGACUGUCCCUUAUAAAGCAGGACAUUUAGGUGCACUGACUUUAAUUAAAAAAAAUAUAUUUUAAUUCCUCUAAUUGCUCUAAAUAAAACCAAAUACAACAAAACGAGUUUGUAGUAAAACACACAUUGCACAAUCACUUCAUUUUAUUGCUCAUUUAUUUAAUACCUUUACAGAAGCCCUUGUUGCUUCUAUGUGGAUUUUUUUCAACACUCUCCACAUAGACAGGAAGAUGGGGGUACAGGUAUGACCAUGUCAACAAGACGGAGUGGACAGAACGGAGUGUACAGUUGAUGUAAAAAUUCUCCAUUCCACUGAAAAAGUAUAGCAAAGUUCUUGGACACGUAUGUGUUGAAAGAAAACCAAGCAUGAUUAUUCACUAAAGUUUGGAUUGUCAGGAAAUCAGAAUGAAUUCAAGGUGGUUUCGGAAGUUUAGGGCACAAAAUCUCAGCUAAGUUUUUGGUUUGGCUAUUUUGGCUUCAAACAAAGUUCACUUUGAAUUCCUGGCAAUUCACAGUGUAGUGAACAACCCUAAAAGAGUUUUCACGCAUGGGAGAGCAACACCAAUUGGCGUAUAGGAAUUUACACUCAGUCCAUGCCGAAUUCUAAUUAGUUAGGCUGCUGAGUCUCAUUAACUAAAUUUGGAAUUGUGGUAAAUAUCCAAAGCAACCGAACAUAUUAGGGAUUGCAGGAAUGUUAUUGUCAAUGAUGCAAAGCCUGGACCACCCCAAUAAAACAGCCUCUUGAGACAAGCACCCUUUAUUUAAACUGGGCACAUGCAGCAACAUACCUUAAUGAAUGACAUCACAUCUCCUGAAUGACAUCACACCAACUAAAAAAAUGUCACUACUCCCGUAAUGAUGCCAUACCUUCCGUGAUGACAUCACUUUUCCCUGAAUAAGGGCAUCAAUGCUUCCUGAUAACGUCACAUCUUCCUGAAUUAUGUAACUUCACAGAAAAACAUAAAAUGUUUCUGAAUUAUGUCCAACGCAGAAUAAGGGUCCAAUUGAAGGACCAGUACUACCAUAAGGUGACACAUGCUGCCGCCCCUGCCUGGAGGGUGAAAUGUCCAGUUGACAAGCAGAAGAGGGCACUCUACAAAGUCAUGGAAUUACAGUUACAAUGUUGCUAUUUGCUGUGUUCUAAAUUAAACAGGGAUAAGAAGCAAACAUAAAGACACCUUAAAUGCAGGAACAGAUCAGUUUUCAAACAGUGAUCAUAUCAGUUUGUUUUGAACACUUGUAAAAACUGUACUCCGUAAUGACAUCCUUUUUUCUUGUUUUACCAUUAUUAGAUGCCAAGCAUGGCGAUGCCACCUGCAUUUAGUCCUAUGGUAAGUUUUCAGCCUUUUUCUAUGGAGAUCCCCUAUGUAUUGUGUACAGCAGAUACAAAUGGUAGACCCCAGGGUGUUGUAGAACUCUGCUCCCAUGACUUUCCCUCCAAGCUUUAUAAAAGCAAUAUAUUGUGGAAGUUGCAGAUCUAAAACAUCUGGGGAUAUACCGUUAAGGCACUCCUGGUCUACAUUAUCUACCCUUCUCUGUUGUAGGUAUAAAGCACUCCUUGUUUAAGGUACACAUUCCCACUCUCUCCUUUAUAACAUUUUCUUGCUGCCAGGAAGUCUUCCCACUCACUUCCAUCUCUUCAAUCAAGUAAGCUGAAGUAUCUAAUCACCCUCUGAAUUUCAGCUUUCCAUUUCUAUAGCUAUGGAUGAAAUUCACUAAAUAACUAUGUGAUAAGACAACAAACAAGUUCCACAUUUUUUUACAGAGUUAUAAAAACCAAAAUUCCAAUUCAGCCUUCUUAGGAUUUCCCCCCCAGAUUGGCUAUUUCGGCUUCAGUCUUUCAAGUGAAACUCCCUGUUUAUUGCGUAAAACGUUGAAUAUCAGGGCACUUGGGUUUAAUUUAGAAGCUGCUAAUCUCCCCUCCUCUCUUUAAAGCAGUCAGCCAAUAAGGGGUUAUGUAAACAGAGUCCAUCGAACCACUUUCCAGUACACGUUUUUGUUUUGUUUUUUUUAAAUUAUUUUAAUUGCAUUCAUUUUAUAUUAUUGUAGAGAGGUGCUCGGAGACAGCCACCAAAGUCAAUAUUAACCUUAUAUCAUGUUACAGAGGGAAAAAUUGCUAAGGAUGGAGAACAGGGUUGGGAGGGAAGUGUCACGGUGAGUGAGUGCUAGAAUACGGUCACCUACAUAAGCGGAGAUCCUAUGCUCUGAACCUGCUGCAUUCAGAUGUGAACUAUGAGGGAUUCCAGAGAACAGGCAUCAGAGGCGGGUACCAUUAAAAAUAGAUAAAGGGGAGCACCUGCGAUCAGAAUCUGGGCACCGGGAGGCCAAUAUAAGGCUGAGAUGGCUGUGAUGAAGCUGUCUGAAAAUUGUAGGUGAUGAAGUAGUUCAAAUAAGUGCGGUCAUUCGGCGAUCAUCAAUGCUUCUACCGAGAGUAGCAGAGAUGGUGUUUGAGUAGACCAACUGUGUUUCAGCAACCUAUAACUUUCCAAUUUACAAUUUUGACGGAUUAAUUUGCUCUCGUUAACUAGGUUUUGUGAUUACUUAGUCCUGAUUAGGCAAAAUUUGUUAAAUUCUUUUAUUUCAACAAACCAUAGUUACAAAAAGGAGAACCCUUUAAUAAGACAGACAUCACACGGUUAUUUACUAAAAGGAGAAUUGUCAGGAAGUCAAAGUGAAUUUCAAAUUUAAGGCCAAAGUAGUUGAAGUGGAAACAUAUUUGACUUUGAGAACUUUUCCAGUCCAACUAUUUUGACCUUAAAUGAAAAAUUCUAUUUGAAUUCCAGACAAUUGUAAUUUUAGUGAAUAAUUCUGUUAUUUUAUAAAUGGAUUCAGAGAUAUAUUACUGAAAUCAGUUGCUAUUUUUAUUCUGUAUUUUGUACAAUAUUGCGCUACUCUCUGGUGUUCUUUCAUGACUUUUCUUGAACAUUCCAAACCUGAUAAAUCACAUCAAUUUGGCAUAUAAAGGUUUUUUUUUAAAAAUCAACUUUUUUUCCUUCUCCGAGCCUCCCACUUUAUCUCCACUGUCGGUGAACCUCCUUCUCUCUCUGUCAGUUGAACAGUCACUGGAGGUGUGUUUAACCCUGUAAUGUAAACAUUGCAGUUUCUCAAAGAGUUAAACAUACAGGACCAAGGCACUCACGCCACUUCAUUGAGCUGAAGUGGUCUGGGUGACUUUCGUGGUCGAAUGAUUUGGGUUUUUUCGGCCACCGCACUCCUUCCUUUUUUAUUAAAUAAAAUGUAAAAAAAAUAUAUAUUUUACCUCUAAUGCACCACAGAGACAGACUGCAGACCAAUCCACCCGUGAGGUGAUCAAUUAUAAUAAUCUCUGGUCCUGUCAGAUGUAUAUUAAAGCACUGGAAACAUAUGGCGAAUACUCCAUAUUCCUAUUGAAAUUGGCACUUUUAUAUAAAAACGGGUCAGGCAAUUACCCCAUAAUGCAGUUCGGCGAGGUGAAAAGAUUUUGGUUUGUUGAGUGUUCCUUUAACAGCUUUAUUUGGCAACAUUCAGAUAUCAUGUGCGAGAAUCCUGCUUUACAUUUGAGUUCAGUUUAGUGGUUUUUCAGUUUAUAGUUUUUAGAUCUUUUACCGUGGUUUUGGGUCCUCACCAUUUCUGCCCCUCUUCUAAAGAAUAUUAUAAUGUCUUAUGUCUUACGGAGUUUUGAAUUUGCAUUAUCUUACAGACUUUAACUUUGAAAUGUUGAAGUAAUUUUAUGUGCUGAUCAUUUGAUGAAAUAUAAAACUUCUUGCUUAUCCUUUUUAGCAGGGUCCUGUGACUAUUCAUAAUCCGGUACGUAUGAAUAUUUAUAUAUAAAUAUUAUUUUAUCAGGAAAAUAUACAGAAUUUUCUCUAUUUUUCCUAAAUAUGUGAAUAUUUAAGGAGUGUCUGGCUUAUUCAUCCAUUCAUUCUGUAUUACUGCCAUUCCUUCACAGAUCACAGUAAAUAUAUGAUGUGUUUUUUGCCAUUGGUGAAGACUGACAGAGUGUUAUACAGUCUAUAAUUAACGCCAUAGGUGAAGGUGUGACGUACCAUUGCAAUUCAUUUGAGUGAGAGUGAAUCUCUUCCUGAUUUAGUCAGCCAUACCUGAACAGUCUGAUACAUUGACAACCUGUUAUACUCACAAACUGCUCUAUUUAAUGCAGACAGCUAAAUUAGACAUCCUCUGAUCAGGUGCCAUUACCCUUUCACGUACUGUUAGAAUGAUACAAAAUUACAACAUUGAGGAGUCCCUAAAACAUGUAUAUUCUUGUGACGUACUUGAAAACCAGAGUAAUCUGAAUGUACCUUUCCUGGUUAAAUACUUUAUUAUUAUUAUUAUUAUUUAGGGAUACAUUUCCAGAGAGGGGUGUUUCACACUCUCCCCUUUUUAUAAAAAAAUAAGUCUUAAUAAUCUAUGUUUUUGAACAGAUGAUGCCCUUCCAAAGUGCUCUGCAGGGGACUUUUCUCCAGAACCGUAAUAUCGUCCUCGCUGGGGUUGUAAGCUAUGGAGCAGACAAGUGAGUUUGAAGUUAAAUACCCAUUUUCUAUUUCUAGCGGUUUGCGAGACUGGGUGAGAAUUUGGGCUGCUUUGUGUCUCAUUAAACAGUGAGUUUGGUCAGAUGAACCUGCAAAGUUUACAUUGCAAUGUCCAAAUAGCAUAAACUUGCUACCCUGUGCAUCUAUAUUAUCGUACAAAUCAAGAAAAGUUUAACAUCUAAUGAAUUCUAGAAGGAGGAGCAAAUCUCCAGAUAGCCGUCAGAUUUAACUCAGAUGGGGCACAAUACUAUGACCUCACGUUUUUCAGGUGUCCUCGUAAAGCGGGACUCAUUUUUUAUUCACUUCUGUCCUAGCCCAUGCCCACCUCCCCCCAUACAGAAUAUAUAGUUAUUUCAUGUACUAAAAGUGUCAAUUCUGCAGAUGUUCCUCUUCUGUAAGUAAGUAAUAUCACAAGAUCUAAAUCUAAAGUAGGGUAGAUAUAAUUACAUAAGAUGAAAAAAAGACUCAAAUUCAGCCUUUCACUCAUCCGUCUCUAAUAUUGAUCCAAAAGAUAUUAAAAAAAACAAAAAAAAAAAACUAAAUGUGAAGAGAUUUCCAAUUGUGCCAAAAAAUGGGAAAAUAUGUCUUCAAUAAAUAUUCUAAUUACAAAAAAAAGGGAUUUUCAAACAUAUACAGAAUUUAAAGAUUGAUUGUCUUCUGUUCUUGCUAUAAUGUAAGAAAUGUCUAUUUUCUUCAAGUCUCAGUGGGUGACUCUUUGUCCUUUGUACAGUCCUGUUAAUUAGAGAGAUGUUUGUACUGGCUAUGUAUAUAUUUUUUGUCCUAUCCUAUCUACUCAUAUUAUUUUAUGUUUAUUACACUUGCAGGUUUGCCGUUAACCUACUGAACAGCAGAACUAGGAAUAUCUACCUCCAUAUAAAUCCUAGAUUUCGGGAAGGGGCAUUAGUGAGAAACACCCAGGACAGAGGCACUUGGGGACCUGAAGAGAGACACAUGUCUUACAUGCCAUUUUCACCCGGGCAAAACUUUCAGGUGAGAGGAUGGAGUUCGAUGAAUUGAUGUUCUUUGUGAAUAAAAAGUUGGUGAGAGCACACUAAAAACGUAUGAAAUAACACACACACAUGCAAAUUACCAUCAAAUAGGAUAAAACCUAAAAAAACAAGAAACAACAGAUCAUUGUGAAAUCUGUAUACAGUACUUUAAAACAGAUUAAAACAAAUUGGUCCCACUCACGUGGUACUGGGCCAUUUGUAGUGGGCUCAGACUUUAAGCGCCUUGGGAUAUAUAUAGUUAGUUGCUGAGAUCAGGUACUCCCCCUUGGAUUGCCAGAGAGCAAAAAAAACGGGGGGUUCGUAAAAGGUAGUCAGAAAAAACUUUAAUAAGAUGAAUAAAAAUAUAUAAUAAAAUAAAGAUCUCCAAUAAGCAACCGCACUAACGCGUUUCGACACAAUAGUCUUUCUGAAAGCACUUGGUGAGGUCUCCAGAUCACUGUCCAUUCUUAAAUAUCCGGGUAUGUCACUUCCGCGUGCAUCACCUCUGGGUCAGCGGGUGGUGCAAGUCUCUAGUUGGUGACAUAUUUCUGGCUUAUCCGAUCACAUGAUCGGGUUUGAUCCGUCAGUCCGGCAUGAAACGCAUUAGAGUGACUCCUAUCGAUGCGCAUGUGCGCUGACUUGUAAACAAAGUCCAACGUGAAUCAAGUCUGUACAUUCUAAUAAUUGGAAAAAGGAGCUUGCAUAGUAUAUCCAUAAAGACAAUAUAUAUAAAGCAAAAGGGGAAAAAAGGGGUUCAGAAAAGCUAGUAUAUAAAAAUAAAUAAUAAUAAUAAAACAUACCAAUACUUAGAAAACUUAUAUAUAAAAAUUAAUUUAUAAAUAUAAGGUGUGUAAAAUAGAACAAAAUUAUUACAAAAAUGACCUUAUUUCAAAGCCCUCAUUCAAACCAUCUUGGAUUUGCUUAAAAUGUUAUCUUUAUAAGCCUGUUAUCAAUAAAAAUAGGAUCAUAACCUUCGUCUAAAAAUUGUUGUUUUAAAAUGAGUGAUUGAUCUUGAUAGUCUUUAAGCUCUGUGCAAUUUCUACAUAACCUAAGAAAUUGACAUUUUGGUACGUUUACAACCCAGGGUUUAAAAUGACAGCUUUUCAAAUCAAUAAAACUGUUAACAUCGACUUUUUUAAAAUGAGUUUUACUUUUAAUCUGCUUAUGUUCAAUAAAAACAUCCAAAUCUAAAUACUUAAUAGAUUGAUCGCUAAUGUCACAGGUGAGUUUAAUAUUCCAAUAAUUGGAAUUAAGCGUAUCUAAAGAAAUCCACCCGGGGGACUUUUACUCCCUUUCCAUUUAAUAAAAAUAUCGUCGAUGUAACGCUUAUAGAGGACUAGGCCUGCCCAAGAGUCAAUGCUAGGUAGGACAAAAGUCUCCUCCCAAUGUGACAUAAACAAAUUAGCGUAACUCGGGGCAAACCUAAUCCCCAUAGCUGUGCCUUGAAUUUGUAAAUAAAAUUUAUUUUCAUACCAAAAUAAAUUAUUCUUUAGAAUCAUAUUAAUCCCCUUCAAAAUAAAAACCACUUGUUGUUUAUCAAAGUCACCAAUUUUUUCUAAAAAAUGUCUAGUAGCUGUACAGCUUUUAUCAUGUGCUAUAUUCGUGUACAAGCUACUGACAUCACAGGUGGCCAUUUUCCCAAUUAAAAUCUUUUUAAAUAGUUAAUAAACUCAUUGUGUAUUUAAGAUAAGUUGGUUGCUGUUUGACUAAAUUUUGUAAAAAUGUAUCAAUAUAUUGUGAUAAAGGGGACAAAAGUGAAUCUAUACCAGAUACAAUUGGCCUUCCCAGGGGGGUUUGUAGUAUCUGUAUGUAUCUUAGGUAGUAUAUAAAUAACUGAAAUUUUAGGAAAAUCAACAUUUAUAAAUGUAUAUUCCUUUUUAUUUAAAAUACCUAUUUCAAACCCUUUUAAAAAAAAAAAAAAAGAUUACAUGUUCUUCUUUUAUUCUUUUUAAUGGAUCACUAUCUAGUUUCAAAUAAGUGGUUCUAUCAUUGAGUUGUUUAUGUAUUUCUUCCAGAUAUUUAGUUUUUUGCCAAAUUACUAAGCCCUCCCUCCCCCCCGCCCUUAUCUGUGGGCUUUAUCACAAUAGAUUUAUCUUCCUUUAGUCUUUAAGUGCUUCGUUCUCUUUCCUUGUUAAAUUAUUUAGAUUUUUAUUUGGUGAUUUUAAUUUCUUGAAAAUAUAAUUUUUCAAAAACUUUCAUUGCAUCAGAUUUUUGAUUAUACGGCUAGAAUGAAAAUUUUUGUUUUAAAUCAGUAUGUUUUAUAAUUAUCUUUAAUUAUCUCUUCUUUCUCCAUAAAAUUUUUGUAAAUACUUUUUUUAAGCAUAGUUUUCGUAAAAACCUGUUAAGAUCUAAAAAACUUUCAAACUUAUCCGCAUCACAACUAGGCGCAAAUUUAAAACCUUUCCUUAAAACUGACAUUAAGUGUCUGUUACAAAUUUUUCCGAAAAGUUAAAAAUUGGUAUGGGCUUUUUCUCUAAUUCUUCUUUGUUCUCUCCCCUCUCUUACUUUCUCUUUGGUCCUCUAUUUCCCCCUCUUCUCUUUCCCGUGUUCUUUUCACAGGAGUAUUUAUCCUCCUCUUGUUCACAUACUUUAGCCCUAAAAAUUGAUGUGUAUCUUUGUGUAUCAGUACUCAAUGCCAUCUUACUAUAUGUUGUCCUUUCCCACCCAUCACAGAUGGAGAUCAGAAAUGAAGGAGCCUGUUUUGGUGUCUACGUAAACGGAACAAAAGUUUUCACCUACGUUCAUCGUCUGCCGGUCACCCAGAUUGACAUGAUGGAGGUGUCUGGAGAUGUGACUUUGUCCUAUGCCCAGUUCUAAGUUCUUGUUUCGGGAAUUAUAAAAAAAACAAGAAAAUCUAUAGCAACUGAGUAGUACAAAGUGACACAUUUAUACAUAUACUUUAAAUAUGUGCUCCCCUUUAGCACAUUCGAGAACUUUCCUGCACUGAUACACCUAUAGAGUUAUUUAUCAAAGUGAGAAUUGUAGGGAAUUCAAAGUAAUUUUACAUUCAGGGCCACAAUUGUUGAACUGAACGAAAAAAAUCUCCAGCUAUGCAUCCAGUUCAAUUAUGUCUGACAAAUUUAAAUGCAUUUUGAAUUCUCUUUGAAUUCCUGACAAAUUUUACUUCAGUAAAUAUUCACGCGAAGGAUGGAAUAUUUAAAGUAACCUCAUGCUAUGAAAAGUAACAAAAAAAUCCUCAAUUGAAACAGUAAUGUGGGGUUCUUACAUAGAUCUUAUAUUAGCUGUUUCAGUGUCGCAAAAUCAGUGCAUAGAUGGAACAUACUGCUUCUUUUACUUUUAAACAUUCAAAUGUUUUACAUAGGACUAUCAUGUUCUAGGUUGGCCAACCAAUGUACUUCAAUUUUACAUAGGAUACAAACUGCUCAUCACUAGUUACAAAAAAAACUGUUAUUUAAUUCAUCAUUGCUGUACAUUACUUCGGUGCUAAAAGGGAUGGCAAAGGGUGUUGGGAAGUAGGGAGUAUAUACUUAUUUAGGUGUGAAGACCUCAAAUAUUGUUUAAAAUGAACGAAAAAUGGUUUCUCUUUAAAUUUUCGAAAUAAGGAAAUGAUACGGCAGGUUGUUUGUUAAAAACAAAGAGUUUAACAAAAACAAAACAAAAUACAAAAAACUUGGAGGUUUGGAUUGGCUACAUGUGUGUAUCCCACAAUUCCCAGCAUGUUAGUCAUUGUGGGGUGCACAUUGUGCCAUUUGGGAGAUAGGGUGGCUGCAGCCAUUUUGUACAUUCUAUGGCUCCAUUCUACAUAGAGAGGAAGCCUGAUUCAUCAGCAUUCUAAAUAGCGCAGAAAUAUAGAGUGCCAAGAAGCAAACCAAAUAACAAAAUGGAUCAUUCCUCUUGGUCUCCAAAGGCGUGGAAAUAUAGAAAAUGCUCCUAAUAAAUAUUUAUCUUCUACAACUGGGUGGGGAAAGCUCCAACCUUGGGUUACAAAUCAAAUUAAAUAUAAAGGAAAAAUAAAAUCAGUUCUAAAUUCUUAAACCAGGAGUUGAUAUAUAGUGGUUGAUCCAACCCACUAUUUAGUGGAUCUGUCACUAUAUAUCUAGUCCUGGUUUUAGAACCGAUUUCCUUUUUCCUUUAUAUUUUAUUCUAAAUAGUGCACGUUUAUCUCUCUGCAUGCGAACUUGUUGUUAUCCUCAUGAUAUGUGGACGACAGGCUCAUUAUACAAGCUGUGAAAUAGAGAUUUUAAGGUUGUUUUUUCUAUGAUCGUCUAAAGCAGGCCUGUCCAACCUGCGGCCUCCAGAUGUUGCUGAACUACAACUCCCAUGAUUCUUUCAAUUAAACAGAUAGCCAGGGAACCAUGGGAGUUGUAGUUCAGCAACAUCUGGGGGGGCUGCAGGUUGGACAGCCCUGGUCUAAAGUCUUAGCCACUGUGAACACAGUACUGUUGUUAUACAAUUAUUAACCCCCUUAAGCACACAGCUUUAUAAGUAAAAGGCCAGCAUGAGUCCAUCAGGGGUUAAUGUACAAUUAGAGUCCUACUUUUAUUCUCUAUAUAUUCUUGGAAAUUGAAAGAUUUAUUACCAUUGACAAAGAAUGUAAUUCGUCUUAUUCGUACACCUGUAUCACACCGUACCUAACUGAUAUUGCUCUUUCUCUAUAAGGUACCUCUAAAAUAUUAUAUAAUUCUAUGUUCUUGUCCGGGACAUUUCAUAACUGUGACUUUUUAAAAAAACAUUCCAAAUGACAAAAUAUUCAGGAACCUGAAUGACACAAACAGGAUAUUGUAAUGUUAAAGAUUAAUAUGAUAUUUUAAUUAAACAAAAUAUUAAUGUGCUACUUGAAUCAGGAUUGCCUAUGUGCCUCUCUCAAACUAUCUAUUCACACUAUAAUGCAGCAGCUUUGUAGACGACCAAUGCUAUUAAACCUCAGUCCAAGACACUGGAUGUCCUUUCAGAUGCACUACAUGUUUAGAUUUAGGGGGUGCAUAAGAUUUGGGGUACCCAGUAAUAUUAAAAAAUCACUUUGAAAACUUUUCUGUUUAACUUUUUGGAGAACAUGGCAUUUUUUAUUUUUUUUUACGCAAAGCACUAUAUGUUUUGAUCAUAUAAAAAUAUUCAUCUACAUUUUUAGGUUUUAAAAUGUAGUUAUUUAUUAUUUUGCGACAGGGAAAUCUUCACAUGUAAUUAGCAGGAUCAUAAAAGGCAACGUCAAUAAUUCUGACAUUUUACAUAAAGUAAACAUGACAUAAAUGGAAUAAGAUAAGUGAUAAGAAAGAAGAAAUAAAGAAAGAGAAAGAUGAGCUACAAAUAAAAAAAGGGGGGGGGGGCGGUAGGAGGAGGGGGCACCACUGUGGGUACAAGAAAAAAGUAGAUAAGUAAACAAUUAAUGAAAUAAAGACUCAUAUGUAAACAAAAUAUCUCUCAGGUUAUGCCCUGUUGGAAAAGUUAUCCUAAAAGGUCCAUGUUUUGUGAAAUGAAGUCAUUGUAUCAUGGACUGAAGCAGUAAGCAAUACUGCCCUCUAGGAGACACCAUGGUUCUUCUCAGAAUAAAAUACAUUCUCAUUAGGAAAAGUGUGAUUUCUUAUGAAUUAAUUCAAUGUUUUCGUCAAAUCAAGAUGUUACAAACUGCCUUUUGUAACUGGUUUUUCGUGUGACAAAUUGCCCUGCUUCCCUGGGUUAUGGAGAAGCCUGUUGGCCAGUCUCCUACCAUGUGACUAUGACUCUUUGAUGUAUUUGGCUUUCAAGCCCCUAUUCUACCUUCAGACAGACUACUUAUGUAGUUUGCUUUAGUUCUCAUAUGUUUUAGUCACCCUGUACCCAUUAUAGUUGCAGUGUGUGUGUAAUGUAAUUGUUUAUAGUGUGUACUGUGAAAUGUAUUGCCUGCUCUCCUGUACUGCUGAGGUUUGCUACCAACUAGGUGGAUUUGGCUAUGUAGCUUGUUUAGUGCCCUCGGUUGGUAGCAACAGCAAUAUGCACUACCUGAAUAGCAAGACUGGUUCAUUUGCAUAUUCGGGUAGAUUUGCAUAUUACUAAUUCUGCAGGCACGUGAGAUAUUUUCUGUUAAUUAUUGUCUCCCCCACCCCUUUUAAAAUACGCCAUUGUGUUAUAAUAAGUCACUGUAUGUUGCCUGCUGUGAUUUGACGUUAUUUUAUUGAGUUUUCACAGUAAUGUUAAUGUAAUGACCAUAUGAGCUAGUCCCAAGUAAAAGUUUUAGACAGUUCUUUUUGACCCUCAACACAUAGUCUUGUUUCGUGAUUGGAGAGCACAGCUAUACUCACACUGUGAAUUGCUAUGCUCUGCAUACUCCCUUGAGCCUUGAUCACUUAGCUCUUUUAAGAACUGUUCCUGUUAUGCUCUCCUUGGAGGAGAAGUCUUCCCCACACAGUCCUGGAUGCUGGAGGUUCAUACAGGGUGGAAGGAAGACGGCGAGACCCCAUCAAGCUACGGCGGUUGCUGAGUCUGCAGUGGUUGUGGUGUCCAGUGCGGUGCUCGUGGUCCUUGGCGCAAGCUAGGAAGCGUCCAUCAACGGAGGGUACUCGGUCGGAGUGCAAGAAUGUAAAAAAAAAAAAAUAAACACACACACGAUAGAACAAUUAGAUUUAAGUAACGGAUAUUCCUUAUUUGGAUUUGUAUCAGUACAACCUGCCUCGUGUUGGUAUUGCAGAGGGAUUCUGGUAUAGCUUCCGAAAAAAAUGGAUUUUACUAUUUCAAACUAAAUGGUAUUGGUCUAACACUUGAGACCCAGCACUAAGAAAAACUCCUGAAAAGCUCUACGCAUGCAUCAGUAUUAUAUAAUGAUUUCUUUGCUACUGGGUAGGUAAUAGGCUACUAUAUGCACGAAAGAAAACAGAUUCAGCUAUGUCAAUUCACCUUACAUAUAGUAAGUACUGUAUAACAAGCUUGUAAGAACAAGAAAACAGAGUAGAAGCUUAAAGUAAGAGAGAAACACAUGCUAAUGUACUGCUGUCAAAGAAUUAGGUCCACCUCGUGACUCCGUAUAUGAGGUGUGAGUCCAUAAAAAGGAUGAAUUGAUGACUCUUGGGCGUCUCUCAGCCUACACCCACUCAUGGCAAGUCACAGUCCCACACUAUGAUGCCGGUCAGGGAGUCAUAUAUUAGAAAAGCUGGUAGGCUGAGCUGUGUUUUUCUCUGGUGUUACUGGUGGGGUCUAACCGCCUAAGGUGGGCCGCCAUAGGGCCUUGGUCACAAGGGCCCUGGAUUAUGUGUGCAGGCGAUCUCUGUGGGUGAGCUUGUGUGGCAGGUGGUAAGUAUCUGUGCUGCAGUGUCUGCCAAAAUGCUUCAAAGAGACUAUCAAGCCGAGGUAAUAUGCCAUACUUCUCCAGGUGAAUUUGGAUGCAUGUAGUCUCCACCAUGUUGGGAACACUGUUCGUAGUCGCAGCUUCUGUUGUGGUACCACCGCAAGCCAAGGGGGGAGAGGGGGGUGUAGCGGGGCAUAGGUGCCAUGAAAUUGUGUCGGACUGGGAGAUUGAAAUCAGCAAAAAUAGAAAUCAGCACUUUUAUAAAGUGGAAUACUCACGCAUUAGCAAGCUGAUGGGUUUUAUGGUUUAGAGUGGUCCUUUAAGAUAUUUAGCAACGGAUUGGUAAAAACAAGUGGUCACCAAGAGAAGAAGGGUCAGUGGACACGGUGUCAAGGUUCUAUGAAGAGUUUGGGAGCUGUAGAAGUAAACUACAGGGGGGGGGGGUGACACAGAGAACGUUGCCGAACUACUCUUAAGAUAUCGCUAAGAUGUUUUUCCCAGUAGGGGAGUAGACUAAAUCCGACUACCCAGAUGACAGCCAAAUACAUAAUGUUUGGCUAGUAUGGGCCAUUUAGUGUUUGAUUCUAUUUGUAGAACUACAGUUUACUUAAAUUUUGUUUUAAUGUGCUUUAUUUUCAAUAUAGAUGUGCUGAGAGAGAAUAUUAUCCUACUGGAUAGGUGGUUCUUUCGCUCAUUUGACCAUUUCAAGUUAUAGCUACAAACCUUCUGUUGUUUGCCGUUUGGCUUUAUCACCCAUAGGUUAUAUGUUUCAUUAACCGUUUAUUUUCUUUAAUUU